GCAUCCUUUGCAUAGUGAAGGAUCACGACCAAGUCUCGACAACAACAAUACCUCGCACGCGGCGGAAGCAGAGACUCAACAUGUCGGCAUUCCCGAUAGGUCUCUUGUCCCUCCUUUUGGUCCGUGUUGUGACGGCCGACAACGACAACGAGACAUUAUGCUACUGGCCCGAUGGCAGUGUUGCUGUUGGCGACGUCCCCUGCAAUACUUCGGCCAGCGGGUAUUCAUCAUGCUGUGCCACAGGCGACGUGUGCUACAAAGGGACAAUCUGCGCGAGCAUGAAGUUUGAGAACACAUUCUACCGAAGCAGCUGCACAGAUCAACUGUGGCGCGAUAGCAACGAUUGCACGAUGAGAUGUGCAUUCACCAACGUCAGAAGCACGCUGGCUGGGCCGGAGAUCCUGACCAAGUGCUCAGGUGACAACAAGUGGGCAUGCAAUGGGCUGCAAGAUGCGGUAUAUCAUUGUGAGAACAAUGCUUACAGCCUAAGUGAUGACGAUUUCAUCGUCGUAACCUCAUUGGCCGCGGCGUCUGCGUCAACGUCAACGUCAGCAUCGAGCUCUCCGACCACAAAGGGGAGCACAAGCUCGGAGCCCUCGACCUCCACCACCCCGUCAGACGAAUCGCAACAAGAUCACUCUACCCAAGGGCCGACGGUAAGGAAAGGGGAAAUGGCGGGCGGAGUAGUUGGCGGCAUUUUUGGCGGCAUCGUUGUGGGCGCCCUUGGGAUGUGGCUCUUUUCGAACUACAUGCAACGCCGCGACCGCGACCGCGAGGCGCCGGCGAUGGCCAACGAUUUGCCCAUUGCGGUAUCAGAAAGCAACAGCAGCAGUGAGCCACAGACAGAAUUCUUGCAGAGAGGAUCCAGUGGCACGCAGUACAGCCCAAUGGCGUAUCAAGCUCCCGGUCAACAUUUAAAUGCUCCUUCGUCCAUGGCGGGUGCCGCGGUCCCAACAAGCGAGAGAACGAGCCUGAUCAUGACAUAUAAUGAGCCUUAUGAAUUAGCUGAUACAAGCCCGCAGAGUUAGUGGGCGAAGUAAUGGGCUUGUGUUUGUGAUAGAACGGGUACGGGGCACGAAGGUCAGCACGUGGGAUGCGCAGCCCUGGAUUCUUAUGUACUUGAGUAGUCAUCAGUCACGCAGAUGGAAUUGAAGCAUGAUUGUACUCGGGAGUGCAAUCAUAGAUAAG